AUGCUGCAGCCAGAGUCCUCACAAAUUCCAGCAUCAGUGCCGCAGUUCUGCAACUCUCCUACACUCAUCGUCAUGGUAGGCUUGCCAGCCAGAGGGAAGACCUACAUCUCCAAAAAGCUCACCCGCUAUCUGAACUGGAUCGGCGUUCCCACAAAAACGUUCAACGUGGGUCAGUACCGCCGACAGGCCGUCAAGACCUAUGAGAAUUUUGAGUUUUUUAAACCUGACAAUGAGGAAGCCAUGAGGAUCCGCAAGGCCUGCGCGGCGGCUGCCCUCCGUGACGUUGCUACCUACUUUGCAAGCGAGGAAGGUCAAGUGGCGGUUUUUGAUGCCACGAACACUACCAGAGAGAGAAGGGCGAUCAUCUCCAGCUUUGCUAAGGAGAGAGGCUACAAGGUUUUCUUUGUGGAGUCCAUCUGUGAUGACCCAGAAAUAAUUGCAGAGAAUGUCAAGCAAGUGAAAUUUGGGAGUCCGGAUUAUGUGAAUCGCAGCAUGGAGGAAGCCAUGGAAGACUUUGUCCAGCGCAUUGAGUGCUACAAGUCAAGCUACUCGCCCAUAGAUGAUGAGAAAGACAGGAAGCUUUCCUACAUCAAAAUUUACGAAGUGGGGAAAAGGUACUUGGUGAAUCUGGUUCAGGACCACAUCCAGAGUCGGAUUGUCUACUACCUAAUGAACAUCCACGUCGCUCCGAGGUCCAUCUACCUGAGCCGCCAUGGGGAAAGCGAACUCAAUCUUCUUGGUCGCAUCGGUGGUGAUUCCAGUCUAUCUGCCAGAGGACAUGAAUACGCUGCUGCUUUGAAGACCUUCAUUCAGAGUCAGAAAAUCCACGACUUAAAGGUAUGGACCAGCCACAUGAAGAGAACCAUCCAGACGGCCCAUACUCUGGGGGUCCAGUAUGAGCAGUGGAAAGCUCUCAAUGAGAUUGACGCGGGUGUGUGUGAAGAAUUAACCUACGAGGAGAUUCAAGAGCAAUUCCCCGAAGAGUUUGCGCUUCGGGACCAGGACAAGUUUCGUUACCGUUACCCAAAGGGUGAAUCCUAUGAAGACCUGGUCCAUCGCCUAGAGCCAGUCAUCAUGGAACUGGAGAGGCAAGAGAAUGUUCUGGUCGUCUGCCACCAAGCUGUCAUGCGCUGUCUCUUGGCCUACUUCCUGGACAAACCCGCAGACAAGCUCCCCUAUCUACGAUGUCCUCUCCACACGGUGCUCAAACUCACACCAAUAGCAUACGGGUGCAAAGUGGAAUCGUUUUACCUUAACAUCGAGGCAGUCAACACGCACAGAGAGAAGCCGAGGAAUGUAGACAUCAACAGGAACCCAGAAGAAGCUCUACAGACGGCUCCCGAUCACGUGUAA